GCCAUCUUCUCAUACUUUUCCCAAAAAUUUUUUUAGGGUUUUAAGCUUCAAGAUUCAUACAGAUUUGUAUAUAAAACACACAAACGCAUAAAAGUUAAUUGCGUAUGUUGUUUAUAUAACAUCGCUGUGUGUUUCUUUUCUUGUGAUAUUUUUUUCUUUUGUUCUUGUAUUGAUUACACUUGAGAUAAAGGUGUUCAGUAGUUAAUUAGACAGAUCGGUGAAAGAAGGAAAACGAUCAUGUGUAGUCGAGGCCAUUGGAGACCAGCAGAAGAUGAGAAGCUCAAGGAUCUGGUCGAACAAUAUGGUCCUCAUAAUUGGAACGCCAUAGCUCUCAAGCUCCCUGGUCGAUCUGGUAAGAGUUGUAGAUUGAGAUGGUUUAAUCAACUAGAUCCGAGGAUAAAUCGAAACCCUUUCACGGAACAAGAAGAAGAAAGACUUUUAGCGGCUCAUCGGAUGCAUGGGAACAGGUGGUCCAUCAUCGCCAGGCUUUUCCCUGGAAGAACGGACAACGCCGUCAAGAAUCAUUGGCAUGUCAUCAUGGCUCGACGCACACGUCAAACUUCCAAGCCUCGUAUUCAUCCAUCCACGACUUCUUCUUCUUUGAUGGCGACUGAACAAAUCAUGAUGGCUUCUGGUGAUAGGAAGAGAAUAUUUGGCGACGUUGUCAAUUACCCUUGCAAAUUCUCUCAUAUCAAUCAUCUUCAGUUCCUUGAGGAGUUCUUCACAAGAAAGAUCGCUUUAAAUACUAAAGAUGCGAUCGCAGCAAAUCAGAGUAAAAAGACUAUGGAGUUCUACAAUUUUCUACAAGUAGAUACGGAUUCAAACAAGAGCGAGAUCAUUGAUCAAGAUUCAGACCAAAGCAACCCUAAUGACUCGGACAACAAAAACGAAAGUCGUGUUCCUUUCUUCGACUUUUUGUCUGUUGGAAACUCUAAUUCCAAGGGUUAA